AUAUACUUUUGAAGUUGUUCCUAAAAAGAAUAAACUUGCAAACUUGUUUCAUCAUUGGGUGCAAUUAAACGGCGACCUAAACAUAGAUAUUUGUUCCCUUCACUCGGCGGUGGUUUAGGACACCGGAGUAAGUUUUUCCUUAGAAUUGCCAUUUUUUAAACAUAUGGGCCACAAAAAGCCCAAAAGUACUGUAGCUGAAACCCACGAACCAACCGAAUCCAAUUCGGGUCCGCAAACCCAUGAACCAAUAUCCGAGGGAGUGGUUUUUGUCCUCAUGGAAAAUAAGAUCUAUACCAAUCUGUUGUUUAUCGUGUGUUUGAUAUAAAACCCUUUCAUCCCAAAGUCCACCCUACAGCAAAACCUAUAAAUUUUCCCCAAGAUCUUCCUUUAUAUAUUCUCUCUGCGCAACCAAUAAGUCUUUUUUUUUUUUCUAAACUGGGCUUUUGAUUUUGAAGCCAAAAGUAAACGAAUGGGAAAAAAUCAAGCUUACAAAGCUAUGCAGCGAGCUAGGCUGGGUUCUAGCUCAGCUGGACCUGAUGAAGUUGAUGAUGGAAUGGUGGAUGGUUCUUUUCAUACACCAGAGUGGCAUGCUGCUCGUUUGGCAAGCCUCAAAACUUCCCAUACAGUUACCUGGGAAGAGUUCAAAAAGAAACAGAAGGAAGAAGAAGUGAGAAAAGGAGAGCUAGAAGCAGACAAAGAUAAAAUGAUGAGGGAAUACAGGGCUCAACUAGAUGCUGAAAGGGCCAGCAAGCUCUCUCAGGGAAGGAAUCAUUCCAGCAGUAACCACAGUCGCAAAAAGGAUAAGAAGGACAAAGAUAUAAAGAAACAUAGUUGCAAAAAGAGAAAGCAUUCAAGGAGAUAUUCCGAUUCCAGCUCUUCAAGCUCAUCAGCCGAAUCUUCUAGUUCUGACGAUGAAGAUAGAGAAUCGAGAAAAUCAAGAUCCAAGUCUAAGAGAAGGAAGAAAGAAAAUAAACACCGGUCGAGGUCGAGAUCGAAGCAGUCUACAAGCGAUGAUGAUGAAGCUGAUGGUCCUUUGCCACUCUCUAGAUUCUUUGGCAGCAUGAAAAGCUAAUGCCUCAUUUGACAUUAAGCUAUUACAAGGGGAUCAACAAUGAGACUUAGGUAUAUUGAGGCGGUGAAACAACGCAAUACUCACGAUCCUCUGACAGGUAAGUAAUAGACAAUUGAAAAGCAAUUGUUGCUGUAUUGUUAAAUAUGAGUGUUCCAAUAAUAUUCAAGGCUAAUGCCUAAUUAUACAAAGAUGACCCAGUACAAGUAUAGCACAUAUACACGGCAAAUUCUUUGUAUAAUUUAACUCAAGUUUCCCGUUAAACUUUGAAAGCUCCAUUCAUAUUCUUCA